AUGGAAGAACAACAUAAUGAUGAAAUGAUGGAUAUCAUUCUACAAUCUGUUGGACCAAAAGAUUUUGGCUUAUUAAUGAAUAAAACACAAAACUAUCAAAUUACAAAACGAGUAUUAUCAUCAUAUGAGUUGAAUGAAAUGAUUCAAUAUGAGAAGGUCCAAAACGAAUUUCAAAAAAUCAAAGGGGAUAUACAUUCAGAACAAUUACUAUGGCAAAAAAUAUUAAAUUCUAAAACACUCUAUCAAGUAUCUGAAAUAAGAAGAAAUAGGCUUCCUAAUGAUGAAAUGGCAAAAGAGUAUAGUAUUCAACCAUAUGAACAGGAUUACUUAAAACAUGGAAUAAAAAUUCAUAAAACUCAGACUUCAAUUAUUAAUAUUACUGGAAAUGGAAAAUUAGCUCAUAUGGGAAUUAAUAAAGGCAUUGAACAAAAUGAAGUUACAUGGAAAGAAAAUGAAAGUAAUGAUAAUGAUUGGAUUAAGACUCAAAUAAAAUGUAAUAAAGAAGAUGAUUGGAAACAAUAUAUUUUGGAAAAAAAAUAUUUAGAAGACAUAGAAUUGAAAAAACGAAUGAGUAUUAUUGGUAGUCCAAUCACAGACAUUAAUGUACAAGAAACAAUUGUUGAUUGGAAUAAAAUUAUUGGUUGGUGUGAAGAAUGGAAUAAAAUAGACAUACAAAUGAAUAAUAAAGAAGGACAACUAAAUGAAAUGAAUAAGCAAUUAUGUUUUAAAAUGUAUUCAAUAGUUCAACAACUUGUUAUGAUGUAUUGGAAAUCAGAUGAAGAAAGAAAGAAAAAAUUAAAAACAUUGAUAGAUAAAACUACCAAUCAAAUUAAUGUUUGUUUAUUGCUUUUAAUAUUUUCAUUUUAUGAAAAUUCACAUGAAAGGAAAAAUUAA